UUUCACUCUGGCGUGGCCAGCCGGUCUUGUGACAGCGGCAAAGACCGACGAGCGUCGCAACACGACGAUGGCGAUGCACCGGACCUGCUGCAUGCUGCUAGCAUGGAUGGCGCUAGCGCUAGCGCUCACCAAGGAAGAGCUCUGCGCGGUGGACAUUGACUACUCGCAGCGCAUGCUGCGGCUUGUGGAAGUGGCGCCCGAGGCCGCGGCGCCGCGUGUGCUCUGCUUCGUCAAUACAAUCUCGGUGCACCACGACUCGCGCGUCAAGGCCGUUCGCGACACGUGGGGGCAGCGGUGCACGAAGCUGCUCUUCUUUAGCAACGCGACCGACCCGGCGCACGACGACAUUGUCGAGCUCGACGUGCCCGCCGACCACAACCACUUGUGGCAGAAGCACAAGGCGACGCUCGCCUACAUUUGGAAAACGUAUCGGCAUGACUUUGACUGGUUCUACAAGGCCGACGACGACGCUUACGUGGUGUACGAGAACCUGCUGGCGUAUUUGCGCCAGCCGCAGGUCGUCAUGGAGAUGGAUCUCAAGCCGCUGCAGUUUGGCCACCGGUACAGCUUGACAAGCGACCUCAUCGACUACUACAUCGUCAACAAGAAGCUCCUGAACGAGUACAAGAAGCGCACGCACCGCUGGGUCUUCAACUCGGGUGGCCCGGGCUACGCCAUGAACAAGCUCUACGUGCAAAAGGUCGUCGAGUCCAUGCACGACGAGACGUGCCUGUCGGACAAGUACUGCGAGAUGCUGCCGGACGACGCUGCCAUCUCAUUUUGCAUGGUUUUCCACGACACGCAUCCGCCCAACACUCGGGAUUUGUAUGGCCGCGAGCGCUGGCACGCCGACAAGCCCCGCGGCAUCUACUACACGGACCCCAACCAACCCGACUACUGGAUCGUGCAGUACCAUCGCGACAUUGGCGGCCUCCAGUGGAAAGACGACUGCUGCUCGUCCGAAAGCGUCGCGUUCCAUUAUAUCCUGCCCGAGCUCAUGUACCACAUCGAGCGCCAGCUGUACUACUGCCGCAGCAGCGCGCCGGACCUGGAGAGCUUCAACGCUGCGACCGGACUCCACGUCUCGGAGCAGAUCCUUUUGCCAACCGAGCUCGCUGUCGACUAUGGUCCAUUCCCUGUUGACGAUCUUUAAGCGCUCCCACUGUUGAACACAGACAAUAUGUCGUCAGCAAAGUUAGAUUGAGUGUGACGUGGUGCGGACAAGUACGAGGCUGACGUUAGCGUAGAUACUCAUAAGUCUUCAAUGACAAGGUCACUGAAGACGUGAGAAUAACCUCGUA